AUGGCCGGCGCUAUGAACAUCAACAUCCCCGAUUUAAGGUUCGAACAGCUGUUCAUGAAACUGCUAUGGACCUACGCCGGCAAUGCUCCCCAAAAGACCACCGGCCUCACCGACGACGAGCUCAACCUCCUCAGCGAGCAACUUGACCACGACGAGAAAACAGAGGUCGAAGCCGGCCCUCUCUCGCCAAUUACUCCCACCGUGGUCAUUUUGGCAAUUUUAAAGGAUCAGAUCAUCAUGCCGUUGCUUCAAGGUUUCCUCUGGACGGGGUUUUUGAUCGGAAUGCGUCCGUUCUUUGCCCAAGUGGUUCGCUCUGGCCAACGCGCCGGCAGCCAGCUAUACAAGCUCAUGGGGUUUGACGCCAUCCUCGGCCGCCAGCACAUUUGA